AUGGCUGCGUAUCUGUCUCCAGGAGAUGGAGCACGCAUCACCGAUCCUACCCAGCAUGCUGUCGACUCCCCUCGCUCUCCUGACGAUCCUUUCUUGAAUACCCCGCAAAAUAAUCAUCGCGCGCCGCGCUUCGCUCCCUUCGACAACGAUGCGUUUGAAAUCCAAGCGCAAACCUCACCUGCACAGGCGAAGCGUGCACUCGAGGCACACCUUGCGGAAACCGAGCGGCGAAUCGAGGAAGCUUCAAAGCUAGGCACCACGCUGUUGCGUCAAAGAAAGGAUCUGGACGAGCAAAUCAAGGAAAUUGAGAAGCAACAAGGGGGCAGUGAAUUGGGUCCGGAGUUGAGGCAGAAAUUGGCGGAGAUUGAGAAAGAGUAUAUCGAGGUUGGCCAAGAGAGUGCCCGGGCAUUCUUCCCUCCGCGAUCGCGAGUGGUUAGCAGCGAGGUUGGAUUAGGCGCUCCGUCUCCAAAAGAUCCUCGCGCUACGAGCCCAUCGCUCUUUGCAAGCCAAGCGACCAAUUCUCCGAGCAAACUGAACAUACCCUCCCGAAGGCAACGAAACCAGCCUUCGGGGCGCGUCCAUGACAUUGAAUUCGCCACCGAAAUCAGUACAGCCUUGCUAGCGCAAGUACGACAGCUUCAGGCUGUUAUAGCAGAGCGUGAUGAGACGCUCAAAGCGCUCAAUGCGGAGAAGUCAAAGCUCGAAAUUGAAAGCGAGGCGCUCGCCGAGCGACUGCACAACCUGGACGAGAGCGAGCAGAAAUUCAAAGACGAGAAUUGGAACCUGGAAACGCAGACUCAUGAGCUAAUCGCGGCUGCCAAGGAAGCCUCGGGUCGCGAACAGCGACUGAAUCAAGGUCUCAAUGCUGCUCAUGCUGAAAAAUCAGCCAUACUAAGGGAGCUGGAUGAGCUCAAACAAACAAACACAAAGCUUGCCGAAGAGAGUGCGGCCAACCGGAAGCAGCUCGAGGCGGAGCUUGCGGGUAUGCGGCGAAAUUUUAUGAUGGGCGAGAGCGAAAAAGGAGCAUUGCAUCGAAAGGUUAGCGAGCUCGAGUCGCAAAACCAUGAGCUUGCCAAGGCAGUCGCCGGACGACUCCGUGGAGAUGAGGCUCGGCAGGUUAUUGAGGUGCCCAUGGCUGGUGAAGAAGAUAUUGAAGACGAUUCGACGUCAGACCCAUCUCCAAAUGCCUCACCCGCCAAGGGCACACCACGACAUACUGGCCUGGAGACCGAGACUUUGAGGAGUUCACUGCACCACGCGCAUCGAAUGAUUCAGAAUCUCAAGAGCACUAUCCACCGAGAGAAGGCAGAAAAGAUUGAACUGAAGCGUGUCUUGCAGGAGGCCAAAGACGAAUUGGAGAUCAAGAAAGCUGAAGCCAACCCAGGUUUCUCUGGUAGCGCAGGCAAGCGCAAGAAGAAUGCUGCUCAAAAUGACCGCUUCAAAAAACCUCCCAGACCAAACAUGCUCGGCGCAGGAAGAGAAAGCAAAAAUGAGAUCAUUGAUGACGAGGAAGAGUGGGAGGAUCAUCAGGAGGGAGCUAGUCCGGAACAUGACAAGCGAUUCGAGAAGAAAUUGACUUCUCCUCGAGGCAAGAGGCAUUCCAUGUCCAGGGUGCCGCCUGUUCACCAUCAUGCUCGUGGUACCGAUCUCAGCGAGGCUUUUGAGACUGCUCACGAGACCAGUGAUGCCUUUGAGACGGCGGAAGAGAGGGAGGGCACGACAACCGAGACUGAUGCGUUCCAGACUGGAGCUGAAAGCUUUGGUGGUGAUUCCAGCGACGAGCUCACCGAGACUGAAACCGUCACAAUUCGAGGCGGCACCAUUCGUUCUCGGAAACCUUCUGGCCUCGAAGUCGCUGCGAACCGCAACUCGUAUUUGAGUACUGCGUCGACUUCUGCAGACGAACUGGAUUAUGACAGUGAACCGAGGACGCCAUUGCACUCUCAGCAGGAAAGAUUCCGUCUUCGAAUGAACCGCGGCGCCGCCCAUCGCAGGUCGAGGGUCGGAAGCGAUGGCGGUCUCUACAGAAGCGAUUCAGUUAGCGCCAAGAGUUCGCCUGUAAGCGUCCUGAGCAAUGAAAGCCCCGCUGCGCCUGUAGGUAAUAGCUUGUUUGCGGAGCUUGGGGAUCUCAAUGGUGGUGACGACAGCGAAGAGGAGGAGGAGGGCGAGGAAGUCGAAUUGACUCCUCGCAGAACGCGAGCAGUGUCUCAAACUUCGUCUACACUAGCUAGAAGCUUUGGUGCUACGAGGGAUCAGUUUUCGGUGUCGAAGCCCCAACUUCAUCCUAAGCCCGAAAUGUCAGACAUGGGAAUCAUGACUGAGCCUUGGAACCCUGAGCCAGCGAUUCAUGAGGAAGCAGGAGACGAGAAGGAACCCGCAACAGCAGCUCUGGUUGCUGCGACUCCUUCCUCGGCGCUGUCAACCAUUGAAUCGCAACAUACCGAGCCACUCGUCCCUGAUCCAUCAACGAAGCUCGGCAUCUCUGCCGUUAGUGCCCAAGAGUUUGUGCCUCAAAUUCCUGAAGUCCCCGCACCACCGCCGCUGCAACUUUCGGAGGUGAAUAUUCAACACACUGAGCCUCAGCAUGUCGAGCCUCCGCCUUCGGUUCCUCUGCAGCUUAGCAACGUCAGCGCACAACACACCGAGCCGGUUCGCCCGCCAUCGCCAGUGACACAGUCCUUGAACAUUUCGCAAGUGCAAUCCUUGCAUACUGAGCCCAGGGAGCCCGUGGUCCUUGUUUCAGCACCGGCUGAUUCGAGCCAUGAGAAUCCUCAGGCCGACGAACCUCGCACUCUGACGUCUGCCGCGCCUCAAUACCAGGAGUCACCUUCUCCUGUCCAGCUUGAAUUCAGCGGUGUCAGCACCCAAAAUAUUGAACCUGUCCGGCCGUCAUCCCCUCUUCCGGAAUCGCUAGACCUCAGCCAUGUCUCUACGCAAUCGACAGAGCCUGUGCGCCCUCAAUCACCUGUUCCUGCGCCACUGGAUCUCAGCAAUGUUUCGGCGCAGGCUACAGAGCCACAGCGUCCUACGUCACCUAUACCGACGUCUUUAGAACUUUCAGCCAUCAGCACACAAGAUACCCGGCCGUUGGUGCCUGAGCUGAAAGAAGAAGCGCCUGUCCAUCUUACUGCACCAACACCACCUUCAUUGGAAUUCUCAACCAUCGUGUCUGAAGAAACCGAACCAGUCGCAGACUCUACGCCUGCAACUGCUAGAGCGAUAUUUGCUUCCGAUGUCAAUGGCGAGAAAACCACAGCCAAUGCUGCAACGGUCAAGGAUGAGUCUAAAUCAGAGGAAUCAAAGGCAGGAGUGCUUGGCUCAAUCUUCGGCUGGGGCAAAGGAUCGGCAUCCCGGCAACCUGAGAUUGCGGAAGACGAAACGAGCCAAAAGUCGUCUGGGGAAGUUCCCAUUGAGACAGAGAAAUCAAAGCUACCGUUACAAAGUGUAUCGAGUAAUAUUGCCUCGAAACGCCCAGAGCAGAAGGAGCUUGGUUUACAAGCGACCGCUUCAAAACCGUUUGAUAUGGCAGACCAGAGCUCGCAAACAUUACUUUCAGCAAGCCAGAUCGACAAUCUGUUCAAAGAGAUAUCCGAUAAACCUGAAAUGGCUGCUGGCUCGUUUGUUCGAUCCCCUACAGCAUCAACACUUGAUCAAAGUGUACACGGCGGACUUGAGCGGACAUUCUCCCAAGAUAGCAUGCCUAGCAGCCCAAGAUCCCGGACGCGAAGAACCGGCGUUGGCCUUGCGGCAGGAGAGGCGUCCCCCGUCAAGGCUCCCAGGCGACCAGGAAGCCCAGGAAGCAUACGUAGCCUUGCCAGCAAUCAUCCUCCAUUGCCUGUGGACCACAAGCAAACAAUUGCAGCGGCCUCGAGAAGAAUGUCUGGUGGUGAAGGUUCAGGAAUUACUAUGGGUCCGCCGCUGCAGCCGGCUUCGGCGUACAAAGGCCAACCUCAUCUGCGCCCACAGACGCCCAGCAGCCAACACCAGCAGCAGCAUAGCCCAGCUUCCAAGGCCGGUACAGCUUCCCGACCACGACGCCUAUCGUCAGUUCGGAGUGAGAUGUCUUCGGCUCUCACGCGGCGAUCUUCUGUUACGUCAUUUGCGUCCGAGCUGGACGAGCGCUUUAACAUUCGGCCGGAUGGAUUCAUGCCAUAUGACAUGGCCGGCGGUACAGACCCGCGGAUGAUUGAAGCCAUCACUCAGACCAUGAUAGGCGACUAUCUUUGGAAAUACACGCGCAAGGCUGGCCGCGGAGAGCUUUCUGCUAACCGGCACCGUCGGUAUUUCUGGGUCCACCCGUACACGAGAACACUGUACUGGAGUGAUCGGGACCCGUCAACAGCUGGGAGGCUGGAACUUAAGGCGAAGAGUGUGCAGAUUGAAGGUGUACGAGUUGUCACCGACGACAACCCAAUGCCCCCCGGGCUUCACCGCAAGAGUUUGGUUGUUGUUACUCCUGGACGGGCGAUCAAGUGUACCGCCGCUACCGGACAGCGACACGAGACCUGGUUCAAUGCGCUCUCAUACCUUCUUCUUCGGACUGGGGGCGAAGUUUCUGGAGACGCCGGUGGUCCUGACCGUUCGCAAAGCAGGAACACCACUCGCGAAGACGGUCAGUCGGUUGAUGCCCGUUCCAGCACCAGAACUCGCACGAUUGGAGUCUCGUCUCGCGCAUCGCUGUCAUCUUACAAUAGCCGCACAACUAGAAACACAUCUCCUCGAAGGCACCCAUCCGGCGUAGCGACUCUGCGACCCUCGCCAGCUGGCGUUUCUCGUAGCCGCGCCUCUCAACCACAUGGGUCUUUAUCUCGCCUUAGCAGCAUGUUCCGCUCUGGCGCUCCUCCUGGCGGUGUGCAUGGAUCAUUCUCAGGCCGUCGAAGCAAGCAGAGCAUUAGGGACGAUAGUAUCUAUGACGCAAGCAUGGUGAAUGACUCUGCCGAGGAUCUCAGGCAGGUCAUUGAGAGGCAGGAGCGCGACUCAAGCAGGCUGGAGAAUGUACGAGCCUGCUGUGAUGGCAAGCAUGACGUCGGGUCUCUGACACGUAGAGGAGGACGCCACUCUGCACUCCACAUCCAUCACCAUAACCAUAGCCACCACGCCCCGUCCCAGCAGGGUUCAAUGCGAGGCGCGCCUUCACAUCGGACAUGA